AUGACGUGGUCACGUUCUUCCGUGCAGUUAGCAUGGAAAUUUUUUACGUUUACGCGAUUUACGGGGACUUCAGCUGCAUCAGAAACGAUAUAUGAUUUUACUGUGGAAGAUGUCGAUGGUAAGGAAGUGAAAUUGGAUAAAUACAGGGAAAAGCCGGUUGUAAUUGUUAAUGUUGCAUCACAUUGCAAUCUUGCUGAUGUAAACUAUAGAGAGCUCAAACAGUUGCAGAAGUUUUAUAGAGAUAAAGGACUCGUUGUUGUUGAACCAGGUUGUGGAGCUGAUGUCAAAAAAAGUGUGAAGGAAAAAUACCACUACGAACCUGACAUCUAUGAGAAAAUUGAGGUUAAUGGUGAAAAUGCUCAUCCGUUGUACAAUUUUUUAAAAGAGAAACAAAGUGGUAUUCUUAGUAAGAGGAUUAAAUGGAAUUUCACGAAAUUUCUCAUUGACCAAGAUGGACAUCCGGUGAAACGUUAUGCACCAACUACUUUACCAAUGGCAAUAAAGCAUGAUAUCGAAUCACUGAUUAAUGGCAGUUUCGGUAUUCCGCCAUCACAGUGGCAAGUACUACGAGCUGUAAUUCGAAUGGGUGAUAAAGUUGAAAUAUCUUUGAAACUCUUAUUAUUAGAUAUCAGUAUGCUUCUUGUGUACAGCAAAAGAGUUCUCGGUGAACGUUUUGCGAUAAUAUCAUCCUCAAUUAUUCAUCAUUCUUCAUCUUUUACUUUAUUCUUUUUUACAGUAUUCCGCAGUAUUGCUAAUAAUAGUAAUCGUUCACCCGUGAAAAUGUCUUCAGCAAGAACAAUUUAUGAUUUUACUGUGAAGGAUGCAGAUGGAAAAGAUGUUUCGCUGGAAAAAUACCGAGGUAAACCGGUGGUAAUUGUAAAUGUUGCAUCGCAGUGUGGCUUGGCGACUUCUAAUUACACCGAACUCAAAGAACUGAUGGCACACUACAAGGAUGAAGGUUUAGCAAUAGCAGCCUUUCCAUGUAACCAGUUUGGUGGACAGGAACCAAAGUGUGAGUUAGAAGUGAAAAAUUUUGUUGCUGAAAAAUUUCAUUUCGAACCUGAUUUAUAUGGCAAAAUUGAUGUCAAUGGUAAAAAUACGGCACCAUUGUUUGAUUUCCUGAAGCAUGAGAAGGGAGGAUUGUUUGGUGAUAAUAUAAAGUGGAAUUUCACAAAAUUUCUGAUUAACCGAGAAGGACAUCCGGUGAAGCGUUAUGCACCAACAACUUCACCCAAACAUAUGAUGAAAGACAUUGAUGACCUUCUCAAGAAGUGA